ACGAGUAAACCCCUAUAAUCAUUAUCUUCAAACGAUUUCCUACAAAACUAGUUACAGUUCAAGUGAACAAGUUGAUUUUUCAUUUUUUUUCUGGCCAACAUCAUUGUCAAAAUAUCAUUAUUAAUUAUGAUAAUUAUCCACGAACCUACAACGGAAAUAUAUGUACAAUAUUGUACUAACAAUGUACAAUCAAGUGCAUUAGUCAUUUUUUCCAUGUGCAACCCCCCGCCGGCUAAGCAUGUUAGGGUACAAAUUCCUGUUGGCAAUCGUCAUCACUGUUUUACCGAGUGAAAAAUGACAAUAGAAAAUCGGGUGCUUGACAUAUUUGACAAUCGUUGAGGAUCAUCAUUCAUUGUUUCGCGAGAUUAUUCGAUGAGCAUGUGGAUUUUACGUGGAAUCAACUCCAUUUGAUUCUUUUGGUGACAGUGCCCCUCGGCUGAAGGGAAUCCAGGGUAAACAUGUCGGAGUGCGCAGCGGUGAUUCCAUCACCGGGAAAUCCAUACAAAAUUGUUGACUGCAGCAGGGAAAAGAGGAAAGGAAUUACUGCCUCUUCACUGGAGAAUCUCACCAACGUGGCUAGAAGUAGAUUGGCACUGCCCUCAAAUGCUGAUCUCACUAUUGUAUUGGAACAAGAUGGCACCGAGGUGGAUGACGAGGAGUAUUUUGCAACACUCGAGAGAAACACAAGCCUAAUGGUACUCCAGGGAGAUGAAAAGUGGGCAGCUCCAGGCAGCAGUAAGACUGCCUCACGUUACAUAGUCGUUGACAAUGUUGAUAACGCUGGUAGAACGAUCGAUGAGGCGGUACAACGUUAUCGAAGCCCAGUUGAGCCACUGGUAUCAACACUACACGGUGAUCCAUCACACAUUUCCCUUCUCGGUGGUAAUGAUCUCGAGUUACUAAGUGAUAUGAAUCCAGACAGUCUAGCGGAUAUAGUACCAGACAGACUGUUCCUGGAGCAGUUGAAGGAGGCAUCAGGACGAUUUUUGGCGGAAAAACGACAGGCACAAGAGUCAAUGGCACUCCUUCAGAUGUACGCACCUGGAGGUGAAAUGGAGCGAGCGUAGGCCAUGUGGGGGGUGGGCGCCCUCACACUGGCCAACAUGUAUCGCGUCCGACGUCGAUUCUUCUACAGGGGACGACAGUUGCAGCAAACACUGAUUCUCUUUUGGAAUUGAGCCCAUUUUGUUUUAAUUAACGACUGAAUACACUGGGGAUUAUAGUUCGCCGAUGAAAAGAAAGUCAGUCUGGAGAUUCAGUCGUCAAUUGAUUCCAUGGAUUUUGUGUCUUCAGGAAAGGUAAAGAUAAAUAUUGUUAUUGAUCUGUUUGCUAUGGAAUUUAGGAUGCACGAGGCUAAAUGGUUAAAUGUAAAUUGUGAGUGAAUAUUUGUACCAUGUAACCAACCAGUUAUCUAUAUUAACUAAUUGUCGAGUCGAGUGUAAAAACGACUCUGUUAGGUGUUCGAUGAAAAAGUCUCUAAUUCUAAGAAAGUCGUUCAGAGAAAAAUUUCAUUUGUACGUCGCAAACUUGUUAAAAUUCUCCUCGAAAAAAAAUGAAUUUAUGCUCACAUAGUGAUUAAAACUACUCCAAAAACGAUCCAACAGAUUCACUUGGAAUUUUUCUCUGAAUGAGAUAAAUCAGUAGUUAGUCUGUUUUCAGUAAUUUUUAGAAAAAAAAGAUUUUCUUCUUGAUUAUUAAAAAAAUCGCUAUGACCGCCCGAGUCACAGUAACGCACCCCACGGAAUUGUAUAAUUGAUGCUCAGUAUGACAAACAAAUGUAGUGUUUAAAUAAUCGAUAAAUGGUACGUUAGUUGUAUAACUAUUUCAGAUAUAAUCGUUUGAACAGAGAAACAAGGAUUGUAAAUGUACUUCGGAGAAUAGGGUAACGUUAUAAAUCGUUUGGGUAAUACCAAUCGGUGACAGAUGGUGUGGCUGUGUCAGUUCUAAUACGAAACCAGAGGAAAAAACUAGAAAAACCGCCGAAUCCCUUGAACUAUCAUGAACAAAAAUUAAAUGAAAGAGAAAUCGAGACAGCUUCGUACGUAGGUUAAUACUCGAUAAAAAUUGACUAUUUUUUUGUGUUGAACUGACGUGCAAGGGAAUGUUUAAAGACUGAAUUUAUAGAGAAAAAAGUACCACCAUUAAAUCCAUCUAGAUCACCAAUUCACGAGUACACAAGAAAAUUGUGAAAUAAAACAGUAGGAUAUUAAUUCCAUACCACGUGACACCAGAUAUCAAUCCUUUGAUACUAAGCGGAGUUGAGUAUUUGUUAGGUAAGAGUAACGAUAAUAAAGAUAACAAUCCACUAGAGCAGGUAAUUUAAAAUCAAAUUGAUUAAUUGAGUAAGGAUAAGGGAAAAAUAGUUUUAGGGGCUUCUAUAAAGACUGUAUGCUCGCGUCCUGCCCCCAAUCCUCAUCAGCUGUAAUUCUGCAUCAAUAAGAUUUUUUAGAGGACUCAAAUCCAGUGAUAAGGUUCUAAUUAUACAAAUUAAAAUGAAAAAUAUUGUACAAAGUAAAUUAUAUGAGUCAAUAAUUCUGCGAAUCCCACUGAGGCCCCCUAAGCAACAUUAUCUCGAUGUGAUUUUCAUUUCUACUCGUAAUAAUACGUCGAUUAAACGAUUUAAUAAUGAUACUAUUGUUAUAUAGUGAUGAGGAGAUAAGGCGAAAGUACGUGAAAUAUAUAUAUUGAUUGGAGUCUGGCAAUUUCAAAUUGAACAAAAUGAAGAUAACGAGCCUCUAUUUUACUUGAUUGCUCACUCUGCCCCAAUAAUUGGGAAAGUAGGAGAGAAUUUUUACGAUCAAUGGGGUAUUUGUAUGAGUUAAUUGUGCAGAGAAUUGUUGGAGUAAAAUGGGUCAUCAGUCAUUGAAUUGAGACUUUUCAACUUUCCGACAAUACAUGUCCAAUAUUGUUUCUUAUUUUUCUGACUAUUUGAACAAAUCUUGUCUGGGAAAAAUGAACUGAUCGCCUUAUUUCACUUACUAUUUAUCGCAGAGCUACUAAAAUACUAUUUCAAAGGAAACGGAUAAUCCCAGGAGAGUAAAAUAAAUGGAAUAAAUAUACAAAGAUAGAAUUUAAAGUAGGAUAAUAUAAAAAAUAACUGAAAGAAGCGAUGCAACGACCAGUAGCAAGGUAUUGGUAUCGAAACAAUGCCAGUAAUUCAUUAAACCGAAACAACAAGAAAUUUAUUUCGCCCACAGGUUAACCAAGAAUGGUAAAGUAAACUUCUAAAAGGUUUUGAAUAAUUCAGAAAUAUGAAAGAACAGCAGCUGAGUCGGUAUUUACGAUACGUGCUGUUAGUCAAUAUCUAUCGAAUAGCCUACUGCCAUCAAACGUGAAACAAGAAAAAAAAAAUUCAACAAAGACGAACAAAAAAUGCUCAACAACUCCUGAGAUAAUCGACGAAUGUUUUUUUCUUAUUCAAGGCCAUUUUGACUGUGAGUCCAACAUCUACUGGCUAACAGCCGUCUUAAAAUCGUACAAUUUUAAUAAAUAAAUAAGUAAACUGAAAAUUAUUGAAUGUCAAAUUAAAUGUUUCAAAAAGUCGUUAUCGAGGAAGUUUUCAUAUUUUUUUUAUGCUCCGGAAAUUUCAACUUUAUAUGGCUUUCAUCUAAACAUUGAUUUAUUUAUUCCUUUUUGUGUUGAAAACAUAGAACAAUAAUUGGAUAACGCAAUUGAACUGUUACGCAUUUACAAUGAAAUUAGUUUAGAGUGAAAAUAAAUGAAUUUGUUCGAGCGAUAGUCUAUGUUUUAAUGGUAUUCAAGAAGUUUCCAUCGAUUAUUUGGAAAAGCACACUGGACGCUUCAUUCCAUCUGGCAGAUGCAUUUCUCAGUUGGCAUGCAGCUUCCUGAACUGUCAAUUCACUUUUCACCAACUGUUUAUUGAUUCCAGUGAGCUCUUGAAUGCCAGUGGUAAUAGUGUUAUCAGCCAGACAAAGUAUAUUUCUCCUGAGUGACUCAUUGCACUCGUCUGAUCAGCCAAAAACGCAAAACCACAUUAAUAUUAUUAUUACCAAUUGUGAUAAAUUCAUUUGAUAAUGAACGACUUAACUUUCUAAUUUUUACAUUGAUUUCUAGUGUUUUAAGAAUAGAAGAAUCUCUUCUGAUAUUUAAUACAACUAAAAUAGAGAAUAAAUGAGUUAAUAUAUUAAAUAUGAUAGUUUAAUAUUGAAUGCAAAGGAACUAAAUAUAGUAAGUGUCUUAAUUACGAAAUACGUAACAACAAUUUUCUCUGAUAUACUAAUAUAUUCCAGUUCAUUAUUACUGUCAUUGAUUUGAUCUUGUAAUGAUUGCAAUCAAUAAAGGAACAUAAUAUGCAA